UCAACAUGGUACCACUAAUUCGAAAUUGACGGAGUGACAUUCGAACUUACAUAAUUUUUCUCAGUGGAGGAUUUUCACUGUGAGUUUUCUUGAUUUUUCUCUGAAUUCUGGUGAAAUCCCAUCAUCCCACAAUCAUGUCCGAUAAGCCAGUAGGCAGGCCCAUGAAAUUCCCCUACACCUUCUCAGCGAAAAUCGCUCAAUUCCCCUACAAAUUCUACUUCACGAAGCAGUGGAUCUGGAAGUAUUAUGCCAUCUCUGUGGUAUGCUGCCUUCCAAUCUUCUACAAAAUUAGCAAAUUAGCCAACUCCCCUGAAAACAAAGCCAAGUGGGCUGAAAUGAAGAGGAAGGAAUUAGCUGAACACCACUGAAGGACUCCCACAUGUUCUGUCUGGUAUACAAUCCUUAAGAAAUUCUGUAGUCUCAUGGGAUGUUGAAUAAAAUUGCCGUGCAGUGUUAACUGAGAGCCAGAUACUAUGAAA